CAUUUCCCCAUCUUCUUCAUCCGCCGUCCACAGUAGUGAGAGAAAGAGAGAGGAGAGAGAGAGCAAUGACGACGCGUUUGAGGAAGAACAGGAAGAAGAGAGGUCACGUAAGCGCCGGUCAUGGUAGGAUCGGAAAGCACAGAAAGCAUCCUGGAGGUCGUGGUAACGCUGGAGGUAUGCAUCACCAUCGUAUCCUCUUCGAUAAGUACCAUCCUGGUUACUUCGGUAAGGUAGGUAUGCGUUAUUUCCACAAGCUUCGCAAUAAGUUCUAUUGCCCUAUCGUCAACAUCGACAAGCUCUGGUCGCUUGUUCCUAAUGAAGUGAAGGAUCAGGCUACAGCUGAUAAGGUACCUGUUAUUGAUGUUACUCAAUCUGGAUACUUUAAGAUCUUAGGUAAGGGUGUCUUGCCGGAGAAUCGUCCUUUUGUUGUCAAGGCUAAACUUAUUUCUAAGACUGCUGAGAAGAAGAUCAAGGAAGCUGGUGGUGCUGUUAUUCUCACUGCUUAGGUUUUCUUUGUUCAUUUCCUUUUUCUAUCUAUUUCUAUUGAACUUUUACUGUUAUUUUGUUAUCAGAUCUAGAUCUAAUCUGGUUUGGGAUUUUGUUAUGUUAUGCAAGUUUUGUUGAAAUUUCUUUAUAAUUAUCAUAGUUUUGGUAUCA